GAUUCAGAGGGAUUAAACUUGCCCAAGGUCAUCUAGGUAGUACCUGGCAGGUCAGGAUGGCAAAAGUGUUCUGGUGUAUCUGUAUUACUAAAGCCUGGCAUUCAUUGCUGCUCUGUUUUGAAGACAUUACAGUAACUACUAACUGCUGUCUGGACUUCUGACUCCUAGACUAAUUUUAUUGCUAUCUGAACUUCAUAUGUCGUGAAGCCCCAGAUCAAGGCACCAGCACACUUAACCAAAAUGGUUUCAAUCCCAGAAUACUAUGAAGGCAAGAAUGUCCUCCUCACAGGAGCAACUGGUUUCCUAGGGAAAGUACUUCUGGAAAAGCUGCUGAGGUCUUGUCCUAAGGUGAAUUCAGUGUAUGUGUUGGUGAGGCAGAAAGCUGGACAGACACCCCAGGAGCGAGUGGAAGAAAUCCUUAGCAGCAAGCUCUUUGACAGAUUGAGAGAUGAAAAUCCAGAUUUUAGAGAGAAAAUUAUAGCAAUCAACAGUGAACUUACCCAACCUAAACUGGCUCUUAGUGAAGAAGAUAAAGAGGUCAUCAUAGAUUCUACCAAUAUCAUAUUCCACUGUGCAGCUACAGUAAGGUUUAAUGAAAAUUUAAGAGAUGCUGUUCAGUUAAAUGUGAUUGCUACUAGACAGCUCAUUCUCCUUGCACAGCAAAUGAAGAGUCUGGAAGUGUUCAUGCAUGUAUCAACAGCAUAUGCCUACUGCAAUCGAAAGCACAUUGACGAAGUAGUCUACCCGCCCCCCGUGGAUCCCAAGAAGCUGAUUGAUUCUUUAGAGUGGAUGGAUGAUGGCCUAGUAAAUGAUAUCACACCCAAGUUGAUAGGAGACAGGCCUAAUACCUACAUAUACACAAAAGCAUUGGCGGAGUAUGUCGUUCAACAAGAAGGCGCAAAGCUAAAUGUGGCAAUUGUAAGACCGUCAAUUGUUGGUGCCAGUUGGAAAGAACCUUUUCCAGGAUGGAUUGAUAACUUCAAUGGACCAAGUGGUCUCUUUAUUGCGGCAGGGAAAGGAAUUCUUCGAACAAUGCGUGCCUCCAACAAUGCCCUUGCAGAUCUUGUUCCUGUAGAUGUAGUUGUCAACACCAGUCUUGCGGCAGCCUGGUAUUCCGGAGUUAAUAGACCAAGAAACAUCAUGAUAUAUAAUUGCACAACAGGCAGCACUAAUCCUUUCCACUGGGGUGAAGUUGAAUACCAUGUAAUUUCCACUUUCAAGAGGAAUCCUCUCGAACAGGCCUUCAGACGGCCCAAUGUAAAUCUAACCUCCAAUCACCUUUUAUAUCAUUACUGGAUUGCUGUAAGCCAUAAGGCCCCAGCAUUCCUGUAUGAUAUCUACCUCAGGAUGACUGGAAGAAGCCCAAGGAUGAUGAAAACAAUAACUCGUCUUCACAAAGCUAUGGUGUUUCUUGAAUAUUUCACAAGUAAUUCUUGGGUUUGGAAUACUGACAAUGUCAAUAUGUUAAUGAAUCAACUAAACCCUGAAGAUAAAAAGACCUUCAAUAUUGAUGUGCGGCAAUUACAUUGGGCAGAAUACAUAGAGAACUACUGCAUGGGAACUAAGAAAUAUGUAUUGAAUGAAGAAAUGUCUGGCCUCCCUGCAGCUAGAAAGCAUCUGAACAAACUGCGGAACAUACGUUACGGUUUCAAUACUAUCCUUGUGAUCCUGAUCUGGCGCAUUUUUAUUGCAAGAUCACAAAUGGCAAGAAACAUCUGGUACUUUGUGGUUAGUCUGUGUUACAAGUUUCUGUCCUACUUCCGAGCAUCCAGCACCAUGAGAUACUGAAGACCAGGAAUUUAGCAUUAGAACAUCUAUGCAUAUGGUGAUCUAAAUGCACAAAAUGUAAAUGUACUUAAGUCAUCUCACCUUUUGUCAAGACAUUAAACCAUCUUAGAUCAGAGUGUGGAGUAAAGUAUGGUACACUUUAUGUAACAUUUUAGUGUUUGUGCUCAUAAAAAACCUAGUGAACACACUGUGGUACGCCAGCUCAAAUCUACAGUAACCACCAAAACCCUGACUUAACAUUUUUGAUCCCUGGAGGGUAGGAGUGAAGAAAUAGGAACACUGACCAGUAUAACUGUGCAAUUCUGGAACAUAUUAAUUAAAAUAUGCCUUAACAUGUAGUGAAUUUCUAAUUCUAAUAUUCAGUACAAUGGAAAGCAUUUGGACAGGGAUACUAGCUAAGGUGGUAGAUGCUUGAUUCUUCAAUGUUUAAUUUUUUGCAUCAGUUGAAGUGGUUUUUUAGUUUUAUUGAAAUUAUAGCCAAACCAUUUUCACAUCAUUCUGUAAAUUAUUGAGUGAUAUCAAACAUGAAAGACAUGUUCUCAUUUUUCUUUUUCUGAUUAAAUGUCUGGAGCAUAUCAUUUUUCUAUAAGCAAUCAGUUACUUUCAUAAUCAGAAGGCUACAUAUUUUAAAGACCCUACUGGGUUUAUCAUAUCAAUACAUGCUACGUCUUUUUGAAAGAAGGUGAAAACAAAUUCAGUAAAGUGGUUAGUAUCAAAAAGAAUAGGAAUCCAUGUUUCUUGUCCACAGUUUGAACAAAUAAAAAUCCUGUGAAAUUCUGUUCAUGUUUUCAAACAGGAGGAUUUCUUGAGACUCUGUUGGAGCUGGGAGUGGGAGGGAUUCACCAUACUUAUGCUCUCCUCCCUUUAUACAUUUUAUUCAUAGGACUUUUAAAAGGCUUGUACUGUCUUUCCAGUGACAACUGAAAGUGCAUUAUUACGGAAGAAUGUAUUUGUAGGUAGUAAUAACAUUAAGAAAAUGUCUUCAUGUGUGUAAACACAUACUAAUUUUGACCUUGAAAACUGAAUUUCUUUAAGAAAAAUAAAAUAAUGCAUAAAUAAUGUGUAUACAAUUAAAUAAAGGACUUUAUUUACGUACCACGUAAAGUAGCAAACUGUUGAAUGAGUUUGAAGAUACCAUUUAUUUUUUUCUGCAUGUGGUUUUACCUUUAGAAAGAGAAACAUUAUAGAAAUAAGUAAUAACAAGAAAAUUGAUGUAUAUUUUAAUGAUACAUUAUAAUUCCCUUAAAUCAUAUUAGUAGUUAAUUCUACUUACUGUUUUAACACGUUUGGUUUAACAGAUUGUUCAGCAUAACACUGUUCUAAUUAAGCUGAUCAAUUUGUACUAUAUUUAAAUUAUUAGCAAUGUAUCUUGAGUACGUUUAAAGAGGUCAGUUCACAAUACAAAAAAAAUUACAUGGAACUUUACAUGUUAAUUUUCUUUGUCAGUUUAAAUGCAAUAUAUAAGAACUUUAUUUUGCUAUUGUGAAAAACCUAAAUGUAAAGGAAAUUACCUUCUUCCAUGCAGGUGUAUUAUCUUGAAAAGGAAAAUGCUUCCAUGUUGAAGCCAGAUCUUCUGUAGUAAAACUUUUAAACAUUAUUUUAAAAUAAAUAUGUAUAUAAAUACCUGUAUUUUCUUUGGGAUGAUAAUAAAAUCUCAGGUCUAGGACCAUAUCUUA